AUGACGGAGCGUGGUCCGCUAGCGCUUUGCAGGUCUGCGUUUAACGGCGAGCAGGCGGUGGUGUUCAAGUCGGAGAAGGCUGUACGUCGUGUCGAACCGGCUGGAUUCGCCUUCUUUCUGAGCCGGGAAUGGCAGCUGCAAGUGCCGUACGAAGACAUACUAUGUCCGAAGCAGGUCGAGCGCGUCGACAGGCAGACGAUAGACCUGGUAGAAGCGUACCUGGCCAACCUAAGAAUCGAGCAACCAGACGGGAAGCACGUAUUUGCGCUGAAGAAGCAAUGGGCGGAGAUUCUGUCGGAGGGCACGCAGACGGCCCCGCUGACCGACCGGUCCGAAGUUGGCGCGGAUGACUCCCCAAAACUGCAAAAGGCCGCCUCACGAAAAUGCCUGGGACUGGUGAGGGACUUCGUGACGAAAAACCAGAACGCCUACGAGCUGCUCAAUGUCUGCGACUCGGACGACAUCACGACGAUAAAGGCCAACUACAAGAAGAUAGUGCUGCUGCUGCACCCUGACAAGGCAGCGCAUACGAGAGUUCCGCCAGAAAUGGCGCAAUAUGCAGCCAAAUACAGGUUGGGGAAGCUCUGCGAAGAAGAACGCAAACAGCAAUUCUUGCUCCUGCAAGAUGCCUUCACGAUUAUGAGCGACCCCCAGCUGAGGCACGAGUACGACUGCAGCCUGCCUUUCGACGAGAACAUACCGACGAAGGAGCAGCUGAAGGAUGCCGAAGACUUCUUUGCAGUAUUGGGACCCGUGUUUGAGCUCAACGCCAGGUACGUACUGUUGCGCCAUGCGCCCAACUGUCGUAGGUGGUCGAACACCAAGCCCGUGCCCUCCAUAGGCGCACCGGACGCAACUGACGACGAGGUAGACGCGUUCUACGACUUCUGGCGCAACUUCGAGACGACGCGUACCUUCAGCCAUGCCGCGCCGCACCUGCUGGACGACGCGGAGUCGAGGGAGGAGAAGCGCUGGAUGGAGCGGGAGAACCUCAAGGUCCAGAAGAAGCUGGUGAAGAAGGAGAUGGUGCGCAUACAGAAGCUCGUCGACCUCGCCCAGGCACACGAUCCGCGUCUGAAGGCCCGCGCCGAGCGAAGGCGGCUUGAGAAGAUCGAACGUCAGAAGCAGAUGGAACAGGAAUCGCUCAGGGACCGAAGGGAGCGUGAGGAGGCGGAGGCCAGGCGUCGUGACGAACUGGAACGCUCGAUCAACCGGGAAAAGUUUGAGAAGCAGAUCGUGAAGAAACUGCGCCAACACAUUCGAGCAAUUGGCGCGAAGUUGCCUAACGGCGCCGAAUUAUCGCAACAUUUCGACCGACUAUCGGAGUUGGACUACGAGUUUGUCAAGGAGGCGUGCCAGGACAUUUAUGCGCUCAUCGGCCACGCGACGCAGAUCGAGGGCUGCGAGGAAUCGCUACAAUUCGUGAAGCGCAUGGACGCCAUAGUCAAGGCCGCCGUGCUGGCUGACCCCAAGCCGUACGAGCAGAUCCUGUUGCGCGUGUCCGAACGGAUCUCGCCACCCGUAGUAUCCGCGACGACCGAGGUACAGGAGGCAAAGCGCACCGAGACCGGGGCGGACGCUCCCGUCCCCUGGACUCCUGAGGAACUAUCACGACUCUCCAAGGCCGUUGAAUUACACGUGGCUGGUGUCACUGAUCGCUGGAGCCUUAUUGCAAAACACGUUAAGACCAAGACGGCCGCGCAGUGCAUCCAGAUGGCCAGAGAAAUCGCUGCAGGAAAGCGUAUCGCUACAGGCGCCACCAACCCCGUGUCGAGUAACGGGGUGUACGGUGACAUGUGGAGUGCUGAGCAGCAGAGCGAGUUUGAGGCUGCGUUGUCGAAGUACCCGUCGUCGCUGGACCCGGCCACCAGGUGGCGCAUGAUCGCAUCGGAAGUGCAGGGCAAAACGCCCAAGGAGUGCCUCAGCAGGUUCAAAAUGAUUAAGGCCACAAUCGCCGCCGCCGCAACACGAACCACAAACAAUACACAUUAA